AUGAAACUUCCAGAGCCUGAGGAAGUUGUAGACGCUGUAGUGAAGGCUGUGGAAAACGGCAGCAACCCCUUCGAUCUCGUCGUCGUUGCCGAGUCCAUCAAAGUGAUUGCAUUUGACGAACAACUCACCAACCGCAGCAGUCCAGAAUUCCAAUCUCUUGAAAGUGUUGUAGCCAUGUGCGACGCAGUCAUGGUAGCGAGCUUUGGCCUACUCUUCGACGAGACCAUCGUCAUCGGAUUUGGAUGGUCCAAUGCCCUCUACUGCUGCACCUGCAACUACAGCUGCUGCGUUGCAACUACAACUGCUGCGGUUGCAACUACAACUGCUGCGCCUGCACUACAACUGCUGCGGUUGCAACUACAACUGCUGCGGUUGCAACUACAACUGCUGCGCCUGCAACUACAACUGCUGUGCCUGCAGCUACAACUGCUGCGGUUGCAACUACAUCUGCUGCGCCUGCAACUACAACUGCUUGCGCCUGCAGCUACAACUGCUGGCGCCUGCAGCUACAACUGCUGCAACUGCAACUACUGCACCUGCAGCUACAACUGCUGCAACUGCGGCUACAACUGCUUGCCCUGCAGCUACAACUGCUGCACCUGCGGCUACAACUGCUGCGCCUGCAGCUACAACUGUAGCACCUGUCACUGCUGCACCUGCAGCUACAACUGCUGCACCUGCCACUGCUGCACCUGCAGCUACAACUGCUGCACCUGCGGCUACAACUGCUGUGCCUGCAGCUACAACUGUAAGCACCUGCCACUGCUGCACCUAUGGUCCAAUGCCCUCUACUGCUGCACCUGCAACUACAACUGCUGCGGUUGCAACUACAACUGCUGCGGUUGCAACUACAACUGCUGCGGUUGCAACUACAACUGCUGCGGUUGCAACUACAACUGCUGCGCCUGCAACUACAACUGCAGCACCUGCCACUACUGCACCUGCAGCUACAACUGCUGCGCCUGCAGCUACAACUGUAGCACCUGCCACUACUGCGCCUGCAGCUACAACUGUAGCACCUGCAGCUACAACUGCUGCGCCUGCAGCUACAACUGUAGCACCUGCCACUACUGCGCCUGCAGCUACAACUGUAGCACCUGCCACUACUGCUGCACCUGCAGCUACAACUGCUGCACCUGCAACUACAACUGCAGCAGUUACAUUUGGACUCAGUUAAAUUUUGUCUACAUAAAGAUCAUGAGCAGGGAUGGGAUGGGGUCCGACGACAUGGGCAAUGUCACAGCAACGGUGGAGCUGAAGUUUGAUGAAGAAGCACCCCUCGAUGAACUUCCAGAGCCUGAGGAAGUUGUAGACGCUGUAGUGAAGGCUGUGGAAAACGGCAGCAACGCCUUCGAUCUCGUCGUCGUUGCCGAGUCCAUCAAAGUGGUUGAAGUAACAAUUGACGAGCCAACGACAACUUCUGCCCCUGAAGCUCCGGCACCAGCUGUGGUUCUUAAUGUGACCUUUGUGGAAGCAUUUGACGAACAACUCACCAACCGCAGCAGUCCAGAAUUCCAAUCUCUUGAAGGACGUGUUGUAGCCCUGUGCGACGCAGUCAUGGUAGCGAGCUUUGGCCUACUCUUCGACGAGACCAUCGUCAUCGGAUUUGGGUCCGACGACAUGGGCAAUGUCACAGCAACGGUGGAGCUGAAGUUUGAUGAAGAAGCACCCCUCGAUGAACUUCCAGAGCCUGAGGAAGUUGUAGACGCUGUAGUGAAGGCUGUGGAAAACGGCAGCAACGCCUUCGAUCUCGUCGUCGUUGCCGAGUCCAUCAAAGUGGUUGAAGUAACAAUUGACGAGCCAACGACAACUUCUGCCCCUGAAGCUCCGGCACCAGCUGUGGUUCUUAAUGUGACCUUUGUGGAAGCAUUUGACGAACAACUCACCAACCGCAGCAGUCCAGAAUUCCAAUCUCUUGAAGGACGUGUUGUAGCCCUGUGCGACGCAGUCAUGGUAGCGAGCUUUGGCCUACUCUUCGACGAGACCAUCGUCAUCGGAUUUGGGUCCGACGACAUGGGCAAUGUCACAGCAACGGUGGAGCUGAAGUUUGAUGAAGAAGCACCCCUCGAUGAACUUCCAGAGCCUGAGGAAGUUGUAGACGCUGUAGUGAAGGCUGUGGAAAACGGCAGCAACGCCUUCGAUCUCGUCGUCGUUGCCGAGUCCAUCAAAGUGGUUGAAGUAACAAUUGACGAGCCAACGACAACUUCUGCCCCUGAAGCUCCGGCACCAGCUGUGGUUCUUAAUGUGACCUUUGUGGAAGCAUUUGACGAACAACUCACCAACCGCAGCAGUCCAGAAUUCCAAUCUCUUGAAAGACAAGUUGUAGCCCUGUGCGACGCAGUCAUGGUAGCGAGCUUUGGCCUACUCUUCGACGAGACCAUCGUCAUCGGAUUUGGGUCCGACGACAUGGGCAAUGUCACAGCAACGGUGGAGCUGAAGUUCGAUGAAGAAGCACCCCUCGAUGAACUUCCAGAGCCUGAGGAAGUUGUAGACGCUGUAGUGAAGGCUGUGGAAAACGGCAGCAACGCCUUCGAUCUCGUCGUCGUUGCCGAGUCCAUCAAAGUGGUUGAAGUAACAAUUGACGAGCCAACGACAACUUCUGCCCCUGAAGCUCCGGCACCAGCUGUGGUUCUUAAUGUGACCUUUGUGGAAGCAUUUGACGAACAACUCACCAACCGCAGCAGUCCAGAAUUCCAAUCUCUUGAAGGACGUGUUGUAGCCCUGUGCGACGCAGUCAUGGUAGCGAGCUUUGGCCCACUCUUCGACGAGACCAUCGUCAUCGGAUUUGGGUCCGACGACAUGGGCAAUGUCACAGCAACGGUGGAGCUGAAGUUUGAUGAAGAAGCACCCCUCGAUGAACUUCCAGAGCCUGAGGAAGUUGUAGACGCUGUAGUGAAGGCUGUGGAAAACGGCAGCAACGCCUUCGAUCUCGUCGUCGUUGCCGAGUCCAUCAAAGUGGUUGAAGUAACAAUUGACGAGCCAACGACAACUUCUGCCCCUGAAGCUCCGGCACCAGCUGUGGUUCUUAAUGUGACCUUUGUGGAAGCAUUUGACGAACAACUCACCAACCGCAGCAGUCCAGAAUUCCAAUCUCUUGAAGGACGUGUUGUAGCCCUGCGAGCUUUGGCCCUACUCUUCGACGAGACCAUCGUCAUCGGAUUUGGGUCCGACGACAUGGGCAAUGUCACAGCAACGGUGGAGCUGAAGUUUGAUGAAGAAGCACCCCUCGAUGAACUUCCAGAGCCUGAGGAAGUUGUAGACGCUGUAGUGAAGGCUGUGGAAAACGGCAGCAACGCCUUCGAUCUCGUCGUCGUUGCCGAGUCCAUCAAAGUGGUUGAAGUAACAAUUGACGAGCCAACGACAACUUCUGCCCCUGAAGCUCCGGCACCAGCUGUGGUUCUUAAUGUGACCUUUGUGGAAGCAUUUGACGAACAACUCACCAACCGCAGCAGUCCAGAAUUCCAAUCUCUUGAAGGACGUGUUGUAGCCCUGUGCGACGCAGUCAUGGUAGCGAGCUUUGGCCCACUCUUCGACGAGACCAUCGUCAUCGGAUUUGGGUCCGACGACAUGGGCAAUGUCACAGCAACGGUGGAGCUGAAGUUUGAUGAAGAAGCACCCCUCGAUGAACUUCCAGAGCCUGAGGAAGUUGUAGACGCUGUAGUGAAGGCUGUGGAAAACGGCAGCAACGCCUUCGAUCUCGUCGUCGUUGCCGAGUCCAUCAAAGUGGUUGAAGUAACAAUUGACGAGCCAACGACAACUUCUGCCCCUGAAGCUCCGGCACCAGCUGUGGUUCUUAAUGUGACCUUUGUGGAAGCAUUUGACGAACAACUCACCAACCGCAGCAGUCCAGAAUUCCAAUCUCUUGAAGGACGUGUUGUAGCCCUGUGCGACACAGUCAUGGUAGCGAGCUUUGGCCCACUCUUCGACGAGACCAUCGUCAUCGGAUUUGGGUCCGACGACAUGGGCAAUGUCACAGCAACGGUGGAGCUGAAGUUUGAUGAAGAAGCACCCCUCGAUGAACUUCCAGAGCCUGAGGAAGUUGUAGACGCUGUAGUGAAGGCUGUGGAAAACGGCAGCAACGCCUUCGAUCUCGUCGUCGUUGCCGAGUCCAUCAAAGUGGUUGAAGUAACAAUUGAAGAGCCAACGACAACUUCUGCCCCUGAAGCUCCGGCACCAGCUGUGGUUCUUAAUGUGACCUUUGUGGAAGCAUUUGACGAACAACUCACCAACCGCAGCAGUCCAGAAUUCCAAUCUCUUGAAGGACGUGUUGUAGCCCUGUGCGACGCAGUCAUGGUAGCGAGCUUUGGCCCACUCUUCGACGAGACCAUCGUCAUCGGAUUUGGGUCCGACGACAUGGGCAAUGUCACAGCAACGGUGGAGCUGAAGUUUGAUGAAGAAGCACCCCUCGAUGAACUUCCAGAGCCUGAGGAAGUUGUAGACGCUGUAGUGAAGGCUGUGGAAAACGGCAGCAACGCCUUCGAUCUCGUCGUCGUUGCCGAGUCCAUCAAAGUGGUUGAAGUAACAAUUGACGAGCCAACGACAACUUCUGCCCCUGAAGCUCCGGCACCAGCUGUGGUUCUUAAUGUGACCUUUGUGGAAGCAUUUGACGAACAACUCACCAACCGCAGCAGUCCAGAAUUCCAAUCUCUUGAAGGACGUGUUGUAGCCCUGUGCGACGCAGUCAUGGUAGCGAGCUUUGGCCUACUCUUCGACGAGACCAUCGUCAUCGGAUUUGGGUCCGACGACAUGGGCAAUGUCACAGCAACGGUGGAGCUGAAGUUCGAUGAAGAAGCACCCCUCGAUGAACUUCCAGAGCCUGAGGAAGUUGUAGACGCUGUAGUGAAGGCUGUGGAAAACGGCAGCAACGCCUUCGAUCUCGUCGUCGUUGCCGAGUCCAUCAAAGUGGUUGAAGUAACAAUUGACGAGCCAACGACAACUUCUGCCCCUGAAGCUCCGGCACCAGCUGUGGUUCUUAAUGUGACCUUUGUGGAAGCAUUUGACGAACAACUCACCAACCGCAGCAGUCCAGAAUUCCAAUCUCUUGAAGGACGUGUUGUAGCCCUGUGCGACGCAGUCAUGGUAGCGAGCUUUGGCCCACUCUUCGACGAGACCAUCGUCAUCGGAUUUGGGUCCGACGACAUGGGCAAUGUCACAGCAACGGUGGAGCUGAAGUUUGAUGAAGAAGCACCCCUCGAUGAACUUCCAGAGCCUGAGGAAGUUGUAGACGCUGUAGUGAAGGCUGUGGAAAACGGCAGCAACGCCUUCGAUCUCGUCGUCGUUGCCGAGUCCAUCAAAGUGAUUGGCUCAACAUUAUCUUCAGGAGCAACAACUACUAGUGUUUCACCAACAACUCAUGGAUCAACCAUUGGAGGUAGUUCAAGUCCUGGGCCUCAAUCAACUGAGAAGUCAUUUACACUCUCAUCAACUACAGGGGAUGGGCUGAAAACAACUAAAGAAUCUGUGACUCCUACUGCAUCAACAAUUGGUAGUGGAUUAACUACAACUGGUGGUUCAACAGCAACAGGAGCAACAGGAGGGUCAAGUACAGCUGGUUCUUCAACUGAUGGGUCAACAGCAACUACAGCCUCUCCAGCAACAGGAGGGUCAAGUACAGCCGGUCUUACAACUGAUGGAUCAACAGCAACUACAGCCUCUCCAUCAACAGGAGGGUCAAAUACAGCUGGUCCUUCAACUGGUGGAUCAACGACAUCUGCAGUAACAAUUAGCACUGUUGGACCAGGUGGUGCAGCUACCACUCCUUCCCCACCAGCUGUUGUUCUUGGAGCUACUUUGGCAGAACCUUUCGUGGAAGAGCUCAACAAUCCAAGCAGUGCACAAUAUAUGCUACUUGAAACAAGAGUCGUAACACUGUGUGAUGUCAUCUACAGGCGGCAAUUUGGUUUUCUUUUCUUGCGCACCAUUGUUGUACGAUUCAGGCGUGCUGCUAGAAGAACCCGUAUGGAUAACACUGCAGUGGAUGUUAAACUUGAAUUCAACAAUUCAGCUACCCAAGAACAAAUCCCUACGGGAGAGGUUGCUGCACAAACCUUAAAAGAAGCUUUGAGCAGCCCAAACAAUACCUUCAAUGUCACUAUUGAUCCAGACACCAUUGUAGUAAUUCAAACAGCAAUUACAACAACUGCAGCUGCGAAUUCAACUGCUCCAAUGACGACCUCUGCAACAGCAGCUCCUGCAACAACUGAGCAACUCACUACACGGAAGUUGACUUUCACCUCGAGUGGAGAGACAUUUACAAAUGACUUGCUGAGCAGCUCAUCUCAAGCAUUUAUAAAUCGAGCUGCCAUGAUCAAGUCAAAUCUUGAGCCUCCUUUUAAGAUGGCGUUCUCUACAUUCCGAUCCUUGACUGCGACUUCAUUCAGUAAUGGAUCGGUCAUCAACAACAUGGGCCUUGCAUUUGCAAGCACAUCUGUUCCAAAUGGUACCCAGAUUGCAAAUGUUUUGGUUGCAGCAGCUUCAAAUAUCACAGCCUUUAACAUUAACACCACCUCAAUAAUUGUGGACGGCACCCAAGUAUCAGGUGGAGCGAGCCACAAAAUCAGUCUCAUCACUGCAUCCUUCCUUGUACUGCUGUCAUGGCUACUGUCAAACCAGCAAUAGAAACUGGGUUGGUAUCCACUUAAAACCAAGCAGACUCUGUCCAUUUGAUGAGUCUAUGAAUAUUAAUAAUGUUUGUAACAAAAUAUUUUCAGUUUGUGUAAUAAUCAUAAAAUGUGUUGUACCAUGUGCUUAAAAAAAGAAUAGAAUAGAAUGGAAUAGAAGUGCUGAUUCCAAUUAAGAUCCUUCUCCAAAUUGCUGGUGACAGGAAAAUAUUGUUUUUCUUAGUUCUUUAAUGAGGGUGUUUGUUAAUUAAAUUAAAGUUGUCAGAUGUAAAAAUGUUAAAUGAAGUAAAACUGUAAUAGCCUGCUCUUUGCACUGACCUUUGCUUGAUCAGAUUCAUGGUUAGGGUUGUGUCGCUCUUUAACCCACUUAUUCACUCACUAUACUAAGCUAUGUACUUUUCUGUAAUCACAUAUUUGUUAGGAAUUUCACUUUAUUUAUGUAAUUUGGCGGUUUUGGUUUGUCAACCUCUCAGUGCAAUAACAUGUUAGAAUCAUGGUAAUGAAUAACAUACCGAGUAAUCAAUUUAGAUAUAAACUGUUUCUAUUAAAAGCAUUCCAAUUUAUGUGCAAAA